UAAACCCCUUCGCCAAUGCGAAGUUCUCAUUGGCUGCUAAAAAUACCGUGGAUUCAGAAAUUCCAAUAUUGAACGAGCUAGAAGCCGAAGCGUUGGCUAUAGAGUCGAUCUCUGCGCUGGUGCAGUUGCUGCCGUUAGUAUCUCCCACGUUACAGAUACCCGUUUUAAACUGUCCUGGAACCCUCCUGACAGGUGCACUUCCUCGACCAACUAGUCCAACAUGCAAGUGUGAUCCAUCCCUUCCCAUCCCAUACCAUCCCCUGCAAGUACGGGAGUGCUAGUCUUGCUUCCGCCACAGGACACAGAGCGACCUCUAUACCUAUGGAGAAAGAGGCUAUACAGAGCGAGCACGAUAAACCGAAGGCAAAAGAAUCAUCGCAGUCGCAGUUGGUCUCAGGCGCCCCCGCACAUACGCACCACACAGCUCGCCCCACAACAGCACCCACUGCACAUACUAAUGCAAGCGAGAGGGCAGAUGGUGCAGAACAUUUAGAUACGGCACAGGCUUCCGAGGUACACAUGGCAGAUAAAGACGGGUAUGAUGGUCAGAAGGGGAAGGUACCAGACCAGGGCACCGGCUCUACAGAGAAGAAUGUUGGUAGUGCGAGGUCUCAUACAGCGGUAGAUAAGCGUACAGGACACGAUGCUGUUGUGCAUGUGAAUGGGUAUACCAUACCACAGUCGUCUGUACACAGGAGUGCGCACAACACCACACCAGACGCCAGCACGAAACCGGCAGCGAAGGCGGAUAAAACAUCCAAAGAGAGCUUGCAGAAGGAGAGGGAUCUCGAACAGCAGCGUCAGUCCAGGUUGGGUAAGAGACGUGAGAUAUUGGUGGCGAUGGGUGCGGUCAAGACACUCAGCGAGUUGCUGGCCGUCUCGACUAAUGAGAGUGUGCGGAGAGAGACCAUCCGGUUGAUGACACAUCUUACCCGUGUGGAAGGGGUCAUCCACGAUAUUCGAAAGUACCGCGAUACGUGUUUGUUAACAGG